AUGCAAGUGGCUACGCAACAACGAGAAGAAGACACUUAUCCCAGCUCACCAUUACUAGACGAAGGAGACGAAGAUAGGAAACGCAAGCGAACCAGAACAGGAUGUCUGAACUGCCGCAAAAGGCGACGGAAAUGUGAUGAGGGCAAGCCUGCGUGUCUGGCUUGCCAGAGAAAAGAUGAAACAUGCCUAUGGGGGAUGCGAGUCACCUUCCGGGCUGAAAAUACCCAAACGGUGAAGCAGGGACAUUUCUCUGUGGAUAGACAAGACCGUGCUGAUGCUGAGUAUCGCACGCCGAAACGAUUCAGGAUCAUGGAUGUGACUUCGGAGGUUAUACGGGACUAUCAUCAAUUUUCUCCUUCUGGCGAGUUCCUCACUCCAGAUGCGACAUCGCCCUCGGAGCAGGCCCUGGGGUUUGAAGGAGAAAAUGAGGAUGCUACGGCGCACCAUGUCGUACAGCCACAGCAUACCAGCACACGUACUAUGCCAGUCAAUGGAACGGUAUCAAAUAUUGAAGCUCCCAGAGAUCAAUCUCGGGAACAAUUUUUUGAUAUGGCCCACUCUAGUCUACCACACACAGAAACGCCAAUUUCAUUGACACCCACUUCGUCCGUUCCGCUAAAUGCACACGAGAGUUCAGAAAAUAACCAUAGUUGGCUUCGACAUAUCUUACAGCCUCGGCCAAAUGCUUUGGGCGAGGAUAGUGUCUCUGAUGCGGUUGAACCGCCAUUGCCACAAUCCUUCCCUGGCUACUGGGACUCUUUCUACUCUUCCCCUGAUGUCCGCUAUGAGGACGGCAUUUUCCUGCCGGGGUCUGAGUACCUAGAGUUACAUUCUACUCUGAGAAACCAUCUAAUUCUAGAAGUUAAGUCAUGCGCGCCGACCCGGCGUGGUACUCCCGAUUAUACUGCAGAUCCUUUCAAAUCACUGGCCAGAAACGAACAAUUUGAAACGCCUAUGUCUGCAGAAAGUAGAAACCGCCAGGAAGGACCCAAGGUCGCUAAUGAAAAUGUACCUUCAGAGCUAUCCAAGGAAGAUGAAUAUCUUUUAUGGAAGAACUGGCUCGAUGAGAUCUCUCCAUGGUUGGAUAAAUUUGAUAACGAACGCCAUUUCCAAUACACCCUACCGAUAAUGGCACGAUCGCAUGACCAUCUUGGAUAUUCGAUGCUAGCGCUGUCCGCACGACAAUUAGAGUUGAAACACUCUGAAUUGCCGACUGAGCGUAGUCUUUUACUAUAUCACCAAGCCAUCCAUCUUCUCUUACCUCAACUUCCUACACGAAGCACUGCCGUCAUCGCCUCCUGCGUCGUUCUCUGUGUUUUGGAAAUGCUCAGCUGUGCACCGAAAGCAUGGCAACGGCAUCUAGACGGAUGUGCAAGCCUAAUGCAAGCUGUUGGUAUCAAUGGCUUUGUCGGUGGCGUUGAGGAGGCCCUUUUCUGGUGUUUUGCGCGCAUGGAUGUAUGCGGCGGUUUGAUUUCUUCCACCAAGACCCUUAUUCCUAUCAGUCGUUGGGUCCCUGGGGUCGACCUUGAUAGUGAUAUUAGCCUCUUUCAGUCCACGACUGGUUACGACACAUACGCCAACCACGCUGUUUAUCUCUUGGCGCAGGUGCUCGACCUGGUGGCGCCAUUCCAGCUUCUAGGGCGAGCUGCACGCACUCGCAAUAGCCUCGGUGACCGAGUAUUCGCAGAUCGAUGGUUGAAGCUAUGGCGCUAUGCGUGUGACUGGGAGGCUAAGCGGCCAGAAAAGAUGAAACCGAUCAUGAGCAUUGCCCUGUCAUCCAUCAGUCCAUUCCCGACUGUCCUCUUCAGCAACCCGGCCGGGGUAUCCGGAAACCAACUUUAUCAUACCGCCGCGAUGCUAAUGCUGCAAACCAAGCCGACUUCUCUUCGCCUCGACCAGAAGCCGCGCUCGAUUCUGUGGCAUGCCAGACAGAUUUGUGGAAUAUCCAUGAGCAACGACCACCACGGCGCUUGGACCAAUAGUAUCCAACCGCUGUGGAUAGCAGGCCAAUGGAUGAGCCAUCCAAGCGAACACCAGGCCAUUGCAGAUCUUCUCAAGAAAAUCGAAAAGGAGAGCGGCUGGAGAACAACAUGGCGUGUGGAAGAUCUAAAGGAGUUCUGGGGUGAUCUCGCCGAAUGA